GCUGCGUGUCAGGCACCGGAAGUGCUUGCAGUGUGUGCUCACGGGGAGCUGUUUCAGUAGCCAAGCAUGUCUGCCUCUUUUAAGAAAGCGUUAAAAUCCGGGCAAAGGGAGCACAAGGAGCGGUCUCAGCCUGGCUUUCGAAGAAAUCUGGGAUUUCUGGAAAAGAAGAAGGAUUACAAGCUUCGAGCAGAAGAUUUUCGGAAAAAGAGGAACACUCUCGAUGCCUUACGUAAGAAAGCACUUGAUAAAAAUCCAGAUGAAUUCUACUUUAAGAUGACCUCAUCCAAGCUGCAGGAUGGGGUCCAUGUGAUAAAAGAAAAGCCAGAGGAAGUCACUGAUGAGCAGCUUAAAGUGAUGAGAACUAAAGACAUCAAGUAUGUGGAGAUGAAAAGAGUGUCCGAAGCUAAGAAAAUUGAGCGUCUGAAGUCUGAGCUCCACCUGCUGGACACUGAAGAGAAGCAGAGGAACAAGCAUACUUUUUUCUGUGACAGCAAGAAGGAAGUACGGGAGUUUAAUCUGGCAGACCAUCUGAAUACUGCUCCUGAGCUUGUUGACCGAGUGUACAACAGACCUACCCUGGAGACCCUGCACAAAGAAGCUGUAAAAGGAUUCAUAGACACCAAUCACUUAAAAAAACUGGCUAAACAAAGAAAUCAUCAAUAUGACCUCUUGAGACAAAGAAUUGAGAGAGAAAAGAAAAUGUUCGUAUUAACGCAGAAAAUCCAAGCGCGCAAAGAUGUUGCAGACAAAAGAGUAAAAGUGAAAGUAAAGAAGGAAACAGUAAAUUCUCCAGCAAUUUAUAAGUUUAAAAUGCAGCGCCAAAGAUAACGGAAGCAGCUUUUUUAGCUAUAAAAAAUGGAAGAUGGUCUCUGGGACUUUUUUUUUCUUCGCACCAACACAGCUGUCCUAUCUACAUCCUCCCAUUUGGCAGUUUAUAAUCAGCCAGUGUGUUAGUUUGGGGUCUGCAAUCAUUGUUUUUUAAUAAUAAUAAUACCCGUUAUAAGUGCCGCCAGUCGAUUAACUUCGAGGUUGUGCGCUAUACAAGUAUCCAUUAUUAUUAUUAAUGAUGAGAAGCUUUUGGCUCCUGAGAAUGGAGGAUAAAGUACAUACGUAUGAGAAUAUUUGGUCUCUUUGUCUUCAUAGACUGACUAAUUGUUUGCCACUAUUCUAUUGAUAUGUGACUUUACAAAAGAUGCAAAUGUAUCCAGAGAGGUGCUGUGAACAAGCAGAGCUGCCAUAUUUUGUCAGUAAAUAUAAAUAAACAUGUAUGAUUUAAAAUUA